AAGUUCAAUCUUUACACCUGACACAUGACAUUUCAACAUUGAGCAAUAGAGUCAAUCAGCACCGGACUGAGACGCUGAAGUUGUCACAGGUAAAAAUAUUUUAACGCUGCACCUUGGACGUUCUUAUCUUCUGAACAUUGAAUUGUUGCCACAGUCCACAAAGUUUUCCAGGAAGAGACACUAGAGGCCGCACAAGCAUGGGAGAGUGGGGCUUUCUCUCCAAGCUGCUGGACAAAGUGCAGUCUCACUCCACUGUCGUUGGGAAGGUGUGGCUCACUGUCCUCUUUGUCUUCAGGAUCAUGGUUCUCGGGGCCGGGGCCGAAAAGGUGUGGAGCGAUGAACAAUCAAAAAUGAUCUGCAACACUAAGCAGCCGGGUUGUACGAACGUGUGCUACGAUCACACCUUUCCAAUCUCCCACGUUCGCUUCUGGGUACUUCAGAUCAUCUUUGUGUCCACGCCAACGCUUCUAUACUUCGGCCACGUUCUUCAUGUCCUCCACAAAGAAAAGAAACUGAAGCAGAAGAUUGAAAGCCACGCUGAAAGGCAAGGCAUCAAGCAACUCAAAUACACCGACGAUCAUGGCAAAGUUAUAAUCAAGGGCCAAUUGUUAGGUAGUUACCUAGUCAGCCUGUUUGUUAAGAUCUUGCUGGAGGCUGCGUUUAUUGUAGGCCAGUAUUAUAUUUACGGUUUCAUAAUGAUCCCUAAGAUAGAAUGCUCCCAAUCGCCUUGCCCUCAUACGGUUGAGUGUUACAUGUCUCGUCCCACAGAGAAAACCAUCUUUAUCAUCUUUAUGCUGGUGGUGGCGUGCAUCUCUCUGCUUCUGAACGUGAUUGAGAUGUUCUACCUGAUAUGCCGCAGGUCAAAGAGACAUCGUGGCACACAGAUGUCUGCGUUCUCCAAAGAUUUAAAUGGAUCCAAGGUGCACAUCACAGGAACUUCAAAGUCUAGCAAAACUUAAGGGUGAAAAGAUUGUUCGGUGUUGUAAGGUUGUACAUAGAUAAAUGAGUCUUAAAAUUAAUGUCAUUUUGUGAUCAAUUGGUUUUGCACAGUUUUUGUUUUGCUGUGAAAUGAGUAUAUGUAUUUAAUGUUUGCACUAGAAUGAAUGUUGGUGCAUGAUAUUUAAGGUAAUUUUAUAUGGACUAUAAAUAACUUCUAACCUUUGUUAAGGUAAUGACUUGUCUAUGAUCUAUCACUUAUCUCAUUUUAUUACAUUUUUGUGAUGCUCUACUUGGUCUGACAACGGAAUUGUCAUAAACUGACGUUACACUUAGAUAAUAGUUUAUGUAACAAACUGCAGUUUCAUAAUUUUCUA